GACCCCUCCCCUAGCACACUUGGAUAUAUAGGCCGUCUGACUGAACCCAAAUACACUUCAGCCACAGUUGUCAGGGUUUGGAAGGAUGGCACCCUCAGGAAAAAAGGGUAUCUUGGAGCGCCUUGCCGCUGGCGAGGUGGUCAUUGGAGAUGGUGGUUUUGUGUUCGCCCUGGAGAAGAGGGGCUACGUCAAGGCAGGACCAUGGACCCCUGAAGCCGCUGCAGAGCACCCAGAAGCAGUGCGACAGCUGCACAGGGAGUUCCUGAGGGCUGGGGCCAACGUUAUGCAGACAUUCACCUUCUACGCCAGUGAUGACAAACUGGAGAACAGGGGCAACCAGCUUGGCUUCACAGGAGCCCAAAUCAACGAGGCGGCGUGUGACCUGGCUCGCGAGGUGGCCAAUGAGGGUGACGGUCUGGUGGCCGGGGGUGUCUGCCAGACUCCCUCUUAUCUGAGUUGCAAGAGUGAAACGGAGGUGAAGGCCAUCUUCAAGAAGCAGCUGGACGUGUUUGUUAAGAAAGACGUGGACUUCCUGAUCGCUGAGUACUUUGAGCAUGUUGAAGAGGCGGAGUGGGCUGUACAGACGCUGAAAGAGACAGGGAAGCCGGUGGCCGCCUCCAUGUGCAUCGGACCGGACGGGGACAUGCACGGGGUCACCCCCGGUGACUGUGCCGUGAGGCUGGUGAAGGCUGGUGCCGAGAUUGUGGGAAUCAACUGCCACUUUGACCCCAUGACCUGUGUGAAGACUGUGAAGAUGAUGAAGGAUGCCGUGGAGAAGGCUGGUCUUAAGGCCCACUAUAUGGUGCAGCCUUUGGCCUUCCACACCCCUGACUGCAGCUGCCAGGGAUUCAUCGAUCUGCCAGAGUUCCCCUUCGGACUGGAGCCCAGGAUCCUGACCCGUUGGGACAUGCACCAGUACGCCAGGGAGGCCUACAACGUGGGCAUCCGCUUCAUCGGCGGCUGCUGCGGCUUCGAGCCCUACCACAUCAGGGCCGUGGCGGAGGAGCUGGCCACCGAGAGGGGAUGCCUGCCCGCCGCCUCAGAGAAACACGGCCUCUGGGGCGCCGGCCUGGAGAUGCACACCAAACCAUGGGUCAGAGCCAGGGCUCGUCGUGACUACUGGGAGGGCCUGAAGCCAGCGUCCGGACGACCCCUGUGCCCCUCUAUGGCCAGCCCUGACGGCUGGGGCGUCACCAAGGGCCACGCCGACCUCAUGCAGCAGAAGGAGGCCACUACCCAGGAGCAGCUCAAGCCCCUGUUCGAGAAGGCCAAGACCCAUUAAGCUGUUCAGUUACCUUAGUCUGAACUGUCUUACCAGGGGCCCGUUGUGAAUCUGAUCUGUUUACAGUUUUGUACGUACAGCAGACCGUACAUCUGUAACGUCAUCCUAUUUGGGUAAUGCAGCACUUGUCUCAUUCCCAUUUACAAGGGCAAGUUCCUAAACUGUUAGAAAAAAACGAAAAAUAUAUAAAUCAGCUGCGCUGAUGUUAAAGCAAUUCCAUAUGCAUACUGCAUUUCCAAUUUGGAACGAGCCAAUGUAGCUUCUGGACCAUUUGCUGUAAUAAAAUACACUUUUGUGAAA